AUGCUUAAAGUGGUGUCUUUUGCAAAAAAAUUCCUCCAGCAAUGGCGUGUUGCUAACCAUUCCUUACCAAAAAUCACAGCUAAUUCCAGCAGACCGGAGAAUGAUACAUUGAAACCACCUACUAUAGCCGAGACUUUGGGGGUUCGGGAGGCCCUUUCUUGGAUUAAAGCUAAAUUUCCUGAGGUCCAAACCAUUGAAAUGGAUGCCCUUCUGGUUUAUAAUGCUCUACAGAAUGAUGAAGAGGACAAUUCUUACUUUGGUAUUCUUAUUGACGAGUGCCAUCUUUUUGUUAGAGAAUUAUCAAAUCUCAAAUUCAGCUGGGUUCAGAGAUCGGCUAAGCAACUAGCUCACACGCUUGCUAAGGCCGCUAGCUCAUUACAUGUUAAUGUUGAAUGGUCUUAUUUUCCGCCUUUGUUUAUUUCAAAUGUACUGUUUGCCGAUUUGAUGAAUGAAUAA